AUGGCGGCCUCGGACGUCGCCGAGGCGCGCGUCGCGGCCACGCGCGCGCGACGCGCGACGCGGGUGGAGAUACGUCGCGCGAUCGACGCCGCGAGAGUGAAUCAGGAUGAGCUGUCAAAGCCCGAGAGCGACGAGCUCGAUCGCGCGGUCGAUCGCGCGGACGAGAUCAACGAAACGGGCGUCCGGGAGAAGCGGGAGAUGGUGCUGGACAUGGAGUUGUAUAAUCAGUUGACGGCGUACGCGCGGACGCGAACGGCGCGAUUGGGGCCGAGAGGGAGCGCGGAGGUGAGCGUCAAGGCGUUUUUGCAGGCGCUGCGGCGCGCGGGCGGCGGGGGGGGGUCGGGCGAUGGGGUGUCGUGGGAACGGGUCGGUGGCUCGGGGGCGAAGUACUUUAGUGAUGCGCCGGUGCCGGGAUUCAUGAAUGGCGUGAUGGACACGGCGAUAAAGGAACGGCGGGCGACGCAGCGACGGGCCAAGGAGGUUCUCGGGCCGAGCGUCGCGCCGGACGCGGUGGAAGACACCACGGCGGAGCGCCAGACGGAUAAGAUGAUGCAAGCGAUGCAUAAAAAAUUGAAAAAGUGUCCGGGAGGGGUCACGGAUGUGGUGCAUGCGGUGCGUAACCUGGAGAGUUUUCCGCAAUUCGUCGAAAACGUCUUCACCGCCGCCUUCUUGGUACGGGAGGGCGCGGCCGGGAUCACGCCCUCACCCUCGGGUGGGGUUCCCACGCUGUCGCAUCAAGUAAAACCAGCCGCGGGGGCUGAUCGAGCGAGCUUCGUUUUGCACGUGGACAUGAAGAAUUGGCGCGCGCUGAACGCGCUCGCGAACGGCCAAGCGGGCCUCAUGCCGACGAGAGAAGACGUGGACGAGGAUGUGUUGUACGGCGCGCGAGGGACGAGACGCGCGGGUGAGGAUGAUUUGGAGUAUGACGACACCAAACGCGUUCGAACAGGCGAACAUCUCCACGACUCGACGAACGAGAGGCGCUUACCGCGCGAUUCCGUGUCCAGUUAG